AGCAGCAGCCCCGGCAUCGGCGCUCCGAGCAGCAGCCCCGGCCGGCCCCGAUCCCGCGCAGCGCCGCCGCCUCGGUAUCCGCCCCCGGAGCUCGGCUCCAUCCCGCCGAGAGCCCGGCGGGAACAGGAACAUCACCCCUGCCUCUGCCAGCAUGAUGAAGGGCUGCCAGAAUGAGUGCGCAGGUGGAGGAUGUUCAGGAGAAACAGGAAAGCAAAUGACUGAGUCUUUCAAGGCUUCUGACUUGAUUAUCACCCCAGCUACGACGUUCAAGGAAAAACCAGACCCCACUGGUUUGGUGUUUGGAACUGUGUUCACUGAUAAUAUGCUGACAAUUGAAUGGUCCUUGGCUUCAGGAUGGGAGAAACCCUAUAUUAAGCCACUGGAGAACCUCUCAUUACAUCCAGCCUCCUCAGCCCUGCAUUAUGCUGUAGAAUUGUUUGAAGGGAUGAAGGCUUACCGAGGAGUGGAUGGCAAAAUCCGCCUGUUCCGCCCGACCCUGAACAUGGACAGGAUGGCGCGAUCGGCACGGAGGACAACUCUGCCAUCUUUUGACCAGAACGAGCUGCUAGAGUGCAUCCGUAAGCUCGUGGAAGUGGAGCAGGAGUGGGUCCCUUACUCCACCUCUGCCAGCCUGUAUAUCCGUCCUACCCUGAUUGGAACUGAGCCUUCCCUCGGAGUGAAGAAGCCGACUAAAGCCCUGCUGUAUGUCAUCCUGAGCCCUGUGGGCCCUUACUUUGGAGGUGGAAGCUUUAAUCCAAUAUCCUUAUGGGCAGAUCCAAAAUAUGUAAGAGCAUGGAAAGGGGGAACAGGAGACUGCAAAGUGGGAGGGAAUUAUGGUUCUUCUAUUUAUGCCCAGCAAGAAGCCCUGGAGUUUGGCUGCCAGCAGGUUUUGUGGCUCUACGGAGAAGAUCACCAAAUAACUGAAGUUGGAACAAUGAAUCUGUUUCUCUACUGGGUAAAUGAAGAUGGAGAAAAUGAGCUGGCAACACCACCUUUAGAUGGCAUCAUCCUUCCAGGAGUGACAAGGCAAAGCAUUUUGGAUCUGGCACGCAGCUGGGGAGAAUUCAAGGUGUCUGAGCGAUACAUCACCAUGAGUGACCUGACAGCUGCCUUGGAAGAGAACAGAGUGAAGGAGAUGUUUGGUGCUGGAACAGCUUGCAUUGUAUGUCCCAUCGCUAAAAUUUUAUAUAAGGGCAAGCAUUUGCACAUUCCAACUAUGGAGAAUGGGCCUGAGUUAACAACCCGUUUCCUGAAUAAGCUAAGUGAUAUCCAGUAUGGAAGAGAAGACAGCGAUUGGACAGUGCUGGUGUCAUGAAGGUGGCAGAGCUCAGACCCUCCAGACAGAGCUGACAUCUGAAUAAUGACAACUUCUGUAGCUGCCAGUGCGUAGCAUAGCCUCAGUAUCAAUCUGCUCCCCAGGAUGAUUGUUUCCACAAUCCGGCAAACGUGAACACAAUCAUUUUGAUUUCUACUGUAAUCCUGUUGGUAGAGGCCCGUCUUCUUGGUAGAGGUGCUACAUGUUAGCAAUAGAACUUUCCUAAUGGUUUUCUUAGUGCCUCCUUAUAUGCAGUCUAAAAACUCGUGAAAUGCUCUUCAACUGCUCUUCAGUUUGGUGUGUUUACUGCCGCCAUCAGCGGAACGUGUGUCACGUGAGGAUGUCGCCCGUUACCUGCCCGCGGCGUUCUGUCGACACAAUUCUGCCUUUUGCUCCGCGUUUGGGAAACAAAUCGGUUUAGCCACACACUCCAUCCUUUCUGCUCUGCUUGUGUGGGAGAUUCCUGAGUUUGCAUAGCUUGCUAGGUGCCCUCAUGCUCUGUCCAACUACUCUGGCCUUUAGCCCAAAAUUCUCUUGAGUCAGUCUAGCCUGCAAGAUGGUCCCCGUUGGCCUAUUGCCCUUCCCUCCACGGGGAUUUGCAGGGGCUGCUUGGGCAGUGCAGGCCUCUCUAAUAGUUGAGCACAUUCUCCUGGACAUGAUUUAGAAGGCUGUGUCAGGCCCUGCUGAGAUAGAAAUUCCCCUUUGGCCUCGCAAAGCUGGGCUCUGCACGCGCAGUGUUGCCUUCCAGGUGAGUGUCUAGAAAAGGAGAUGAGACAACUUUGGCUGUGAAAAUUGAACCAUUCUUCACGGCAACAAAAUUGAGGAAUUUCUUUCAUCGUCCACUCACAUGAUUUAGGUCAGAAAAAUGGUUUUCUCACCCCUUUCACAUGCUUGCUGUAUCUAGCCUCCUUUGACGUGUGUACUGUAGAAGGGCCUUCCUUUUAAGGAACAAGCAGUGCUGUCAAAAGAACAGAAAAUACCUAGAGGGAAAGAGGUUUCAUUCAAACCCUGAUUUCAUUCUGGUUAAGUAGAAUUCAUACAACGCUGCUUUCUCUCAUGCAGUCUUGAUAUUUUGGAAGCAGUACAGAGCAUGUAGCCCAUAGCUGGGGAAGUAACUUCUGCAAAUGUUCCCUAACCAUCAUUCUGUAAUAUUUAUUAGCUUUCUCCUUCUGCACACAGCUUUGUUGAACAGCUUUAAGAUACCUCUUGCCAAAAAGGUUAACCAUAUUCUCUAUCAAUGUUCCAAAGUGCUACUUCAGUAUAAAACUGGUGGAACUUUAUUGACACUUUAUUGGAGUCCUGUAAGAAGUAAAAGUGAAACAUUUCUUGUUCUAGUGUGCAGUAGAGAUGCACCAGUAUUAAGGGAAACAUUUAGCACUUUAAUUUUUUUUUUUUUAGACCAACAGUAUCUCUCCCAUGCUUAAUAAGUCCUUUGUAGUUACUGGCAUUUGUUAACAUAGCUUAAACAGGCAAAAUCUAAUUUCUAGUGGACCAUCCAUGCCUUACACAGCUGUUAAAGAGCAGCCUUAUGGCUUCCUGUUCAUUUUUGGCCACAUUUUGAAGUCCCCUCCUUAGCCAUCACUUUAUUCUGAUCUCUCAGAUAAUGAUUUUUCCUGUCUUUGACUACAGUCCAAUCUGAUGUUUUAAUGAAGAACAGUUGAAGGUUCUCUCUGACAUUGUAACUAUUGUUAAAAAUUGAUGGAUAAUUUUUUCUUUAGUCUACAAUUGCAAGCAUAAAAUGUUGUUUCACUUACAGUAGCCAUAGCGUUGUGACCAUUUGAAUCUGUAUCAUGUGCUGGUCUUUGUUCAGUAUCUCACUAUGUACUAUAAGCUGCUGGUAGUAUUUCCUUUUAUUUAAUUAGAUGGCUGGUGAAACUAACGUGGGGAAUAUGUCUAGAUGCAAUAUGAGGUAGAGAGUUUUAUCCAACAAGACCAGUAUGGAAAUUAAAGAGUGCCUUUAACCAGAGUGUGGCAUGGAGCUCUCUAAAGAUUAUGUAAUGAGCAACCAUUUAUGGCUUACUGAUACUGAACUAUCUAAUCUUUCCUUCAAGUUCAUCUUUGAUUUAGCAGCAAAUGGAAAAGUGAAAAUAUCUAACCUCAGGUGCAUGGCAAAGUGGUUGUGCAAUACCUUAACGUCUCAGCUUUUAUAGAGUUGAUAUAUGAUAUCUUAUACCCAAAAUCCCCAUGAAGGCCUCAGUAUACCAGCAGCAGUGUAUUCACUAGGCAGAAUGAGUAAGGACCAGUUAGAAGAAUUAUUUUACUGAAAUGCAAACCUGGAAGUAGCGUAAAAUGUCUCUUAAAUUGGUUGCAAGUCAUUUAACGUGAAGAAAUGGUGGUUUCAUUUGUUACGUUUGGCACCGACCAGAGAGACACAUCUCUUUUUUUCUGCUGAUGGAGACUUCAAAAUGAGGAGAAUUGGUAGUGGAAUGACCCACAGAAAAGAGUGGUCUUUUCUCGAAGGGAAGAAUGAAAAUGUGUAUUGUGCGUAUGUUAAUUGUUGUCUUUACCAUCUUGGUUAAAAUUGCCUUGCUCUGUCUGUGUCAACUCAAAGCUGUGCUUGUUUCCAAGUGCAAUCCAGGGGAAUAGGUUUUAAACUUUGAAACCUAAAUAAGAGAGCUGACAGGUCAGUGCAGUACAGGAAAUUAUUCUGAUGUUGCAUGCUGCCCUACUCUGAAUUCUGGCAGUGCAUUUUAUCCCAUUAACCAAAGGAAAGAAAUACCAUGUGUAAAUAACAAUCAGUGUUUGAUAUUCCAUUCUCCUUGUUUUCGCUUGUAAAAUUUAGGAGGGAACUGUGGUAUUCCCUGAGCUAGUAACAGAUUGUAAAAGAACAUCUGCACAUCUUUUCUCCAUGUGCCCUAUUUGUUUAAUUGCAACAGAUUUACAUAGAAAGAGCAUGGUACAUCAUAACUAGGCAAUUAUCCAUUCUUCAUCACUUCGUUAUGGUUCUGGUAAUUGAUCAUUUAAGACAUAAGAUAGUCUAACAUUAGGAAAAUUUGAAACUGUUCAAAAAAGAUCAACAAAUUAAUAUUGUGUGAUAUUUGCAUAAUUGGCUGCAAUUAUUUAAUGUUUAAUUGGGUUGAUCAAAUGAGAUUCAGCCUUUCACAUGCUUAUGUUUUACAAACACUGGUACUUUAAAAUUAUAAUAAUGAAAUCUAAUUUUCAUACGUUCUUUCUUCUCCUCUUCAUUCUUUUGAUUAUUAUUUUCACUAUUGAGCAGGUCCUUAAUUUUCAGUUUGGUUAGCAUGAUUCAUGACUAGGAAAAAAGUCCUUCAAAUAGCAGAAUUUUCAUGAAACUGGCAUUUCAUACAAGCUGUUCUGGAGCCAAGAAUUAUGGCUUCAGCAACUGGCAUUACUUCACCAGAUUGUUAACUGCAGUGAGGGCAAAUUCACUGAGAAUUGACAGGGACAGACCCAGGUGAGGAUGCUAAUAAAGGUUCCUAGGGUAGAUAAUCUGUUCAGUCCAUAUCAGUGCAAAGCAAACGUGAUUUUCCUGGGUUGUAGAGGGGAGGACUGAUAACACAAAAGCAAGUAGUGAGAUUUCUCUGUCCAGCCAUUGUUUAUACCUGUUGAACUAUCACAAGCCAAAAAGCAGUUAUCAGCCACUACUCCUCUUUGUAUGUAGCCUCUUGUUUGGGUUUGCCUAAUUCAGCAUCAAGAUAUCAUAGAUCCUUUCCUGUAUACUUACUAUUUAUCCUCAGGCAUGAAGAAAUUUGGGAAAAUGAGAUACCUAAGAGUCAUUUGGAGUGCAAGUUAUUUGAAAUAUCUGUCUUCCAAGAGGUAGACAGAGAAACAGCUGGGACUGAUCUCAGAGCUGCUUAAUUAGAGGAGGAACCCUCUUGAAUUCAAUGGCCUCUCCAAAACAAUCUGCAUAAUCCCAGCAGAUUUUCAUUGCCGUCUUCCUUUCACACAGACUGACACCCCUUUUUCAUUUUUUUUCUUCUAUUGUUAUCUCAGAUCUAAAAGUGAUUAUUUAAGCAAAUUUGCAUUCUUCUUGCUUCUUCCUAGCAGUAGUGAUAUUAAACAAAAGGAAAAAAAAAAAAAAAAGUAUUUUUUUCAUAUUCCAGGUGCUGAGGGAUCAGAAUUGUGCUUUACCAGCAGAACAUGUGAUCUCGAACAGACUGAAUCCCACUGGCUUUGUGACCCUGGAAAAGUUACUGAACUCUUUCUAAGUGCAGAGUCAUAGUACUACCACUUACACCACUUCUAACUCUAAUCCAAACUUUUGCUUAAAAACUUAUUUCAUUACAGAUCAAAUUAAGCUUUCCAGAAAAAGCUUUUUAUGCAACAAGAAAUAUGCCAUGUAAAGUCCAGUAUUUCAAGGAUUAUAUUAGAAUAGACUGAUUUGGUUAUGCAGAGAAAAAUGUUAUUUAAAUGAGAGAUACAUUCAAGGUUUGCUGCAUAAACAUAAAAAUGUGUAACAAAUGUAGUUCAGAAUAUAAAAAUUAGCAUACAGAAUGAUCUUGACAGGAGAAAUGCACCUCAAACUGGGCUGUCCUAUUAAAAAAGUGAUGCUUGAAGGAAUCAUAACACUCUCAAAGUAAAGUCAUUAGCAUGGGACUCUCUUAGAGGUGCACUUGGUCAUGUAGCCCUGAGAUAGACCUCUUUAUCGAUCUUGACCAAAAAUUUGCUGAACUGCAAUGCUUACCAACUGGAAGUAUGAAAGACCUGUGUUUUGUCUCUGUCCUCAAGAUCUGGAAAAUAAUUCAUGGGUCCUGAAUCAUUUAAGCUCCAAAACUUCUCAAUAAGUUACUUGUAUUUUUAGCAGUAAGAGCAAAAGAGAAUACUGGCAUUGCAUGGGAGAAAAAUACUGUUGUAGCAGUCCUCCUGUCCAUGCAUUGCUUUGAGCAUGAUUCUUAUUAGUAAGAAUACCAGGAUAUUUUCUCUGACUGUGCAAAAUCUGAGUGCCAUUUCUAGUACACUCUAUAUAUCCCCAGCUCCAUAAACGAAACUAGCUUGGCCAUUACCUUGAGCUAGAGCAGUCAGGUACAUUAGGACUUAGCAGAUGAGGAGCAAGAUGAAAUUACAAUAGUAAAUAGAUUUGAAAUAAUAAUAGUCAAUAGAUUUGGAAUUAAGUUUUAGAAUUAGGAGCUCGGAUAAACAGAAGUCUCAUUAAUCACACUAGCAAGAUUAACUACACCCAAAUAUACAAAAAUAAAAUGAAUGCUAAUUAUAUUCACCAGUAGUAACAGCAUGGUUCUCUCUGAACGUGAAUUUGCUUAUCUUAAAGCUUAAUUUAUCGUGUCUGAUUUUUACCACAAUCCUGCAUUUUCUUGCCAUACUUAAAAAAGUCUCUUAAAUUCAUAUUCAUGGGAAGAUCUUGAGGAAAAUUUAAGACCUUGAUUUAAAAUUUUAAAGCCUUUAAAAUACGUGCUGGGUAAAGUUAAGGAAACAGGGAAGACAACUUUGUGGAAGUAUUUGACUUGUGUUCCAAAUGGUUUACCAACAGUGGCCAUUUUUGGUUUUUACCAAAGAGGUAUGCAGGGAAUAGUUGAUGAAAUAAGCUUACUGCUUGUUUUUCUAAGCAAGAGUAGGGUAAAUUUCUAAGAGCUGGUUCUCUUAACACUAACUCUUUAUAGUUCUUGAUUCUGUCAGGCUUAGAGCAGUUGUUUCAGGGGGAGAUGAAGGAGCUCAGAAGCUUAUCUCAGGCAGUACUGUCUUGCAGAAACAGCUUUUCUGUCAUUUUAUGAUCAAAGUGUAUGAACAUGGAAUCUUUUAAACUUUGCACCUUUUUAUAAAAUUUUUGGUUUUCAUUUUAGAGUUCUGAUCAGGUGUUGCUGAACUAUUGUCUUACACUAUCAUACUGCAGUAGCUUUUAGGAAGAAGGCAAACAUUCUUCACGUAAUCACCUUGUUUCUGUAUGCCAAAUCCCCCGCUCACUGUGGUUUGGUCACCACUAGAAUCGUGAUCACUUCGGGUGAAAUAACUGCACCCUACUUGUACUAAAACCAAGAACUUAAUGCUGGCAGCUAAUGCCAGAGCAGUAAGUGAAAAGUCUGCUGUGUCCAGAACAGGCAUGCCAGGAGCAAGGGUGAAAAAAGCCAUCAGGUCAGUGAGGGCAGGAGGGCAGCAGCACAUCAUCACUGUCCUCCUUCAGUCCAGCUGAGACUACCCAGGUACACCCGAAGUCUAGCAGGAUCAGAGACUGAUGUUGAGAUUUAAUGCUUUUCCUCAGUUGUUUAAAUACCUGCAUCUGUGCCUAAAUUUUGAACUUGGGCCCCUGUGUCUUAACUGAAACCUGCAACCUACUUUUAUAUGUUAUAAAGUUAUAUGUUACACACUGUAGAACAGUGGACUAUUUGGUCAAACAGGUAAUGCUCCAUACCAUCUAACAGGUCAGUGAUGUAUAAUUUCUCUUCCCAUAAUUUGUAUUAAGCCCAGUGGUUGACUAGAAGGAGACAAACAAAUCAUUAACACUGUUUCAUAGUCGAGGAUGUUCACAGAGAUUGGAUUUAUUCCCUUCAUCUCCCUGGGGGGAAGGCUUGGACUCACCUUGGCCACUGAGUGACAAAGUGUAAAAGGUUCUUUGCUCUAAUAGAGACAAGAAUUUUAUCUGGAGCUAUUUGCAAACAGUUUCUGUUGGAAAGCCAGAAGUCCCAAUCAACUUGACCUCUGAGGCAUUUAGAAGGGUGCAGUAGUAGUUACUGAAACUGCAGCUCAUAAGCAGUGGGAAAUUAGCAACGUAGAGAGGGAGAAGUAAACACCUCUGAAGGGUCUCUGUUUUCUCAAAUGUUGAAAGUUAACUGGGUAUUUUACAAGAAUCUGAAGCGUAUAAAAGCAGUAAAGCACAGAUGUGUGAAAAAGUACUGGAUAAACUAAAGGAAACUCUACCUCAUUCUUCUCUAAAGGUUUUGUAGAAGCACAAUUAAGCGCUCCUAAUGGCAUUGUUACGUACCGACCAUCUGGCAUGAAAGAAAGCACUAUAUUUGUAUGUCUAUAAAUCCUGUAAGAAGUGUAUUUUGCUGGCAGUAGAAACAGUCUAUACUAUUUGCAGUUUUCCUCAUCAAAUCUGUAAUUAUGCAAUGUUUCUGUCUCCAAUAAAGGAAUUUAAUUGGCA